UUAUUAUAAAUGUUAAAUGUUCUCGGAUCAUGAUGAAGACUUCUCUUUCGACGAUGAUCUUGAAUACAGUAACUCUGAAACCAGUGAUACUCAUCAGCAAGAAAGAAGAUACAACAUCGUGGCGGCAUCGGACGUUAUCAGCGAGAUGAACAAAUAUAUAGACAGAGUUAAUGAAAUAUUUAAAAUAAAAAGAUCGUUAGUUCGUCGACUGUUAGUUCACUUCAAGUGGAACCCUGAACGACUUAUUGAAAAGUAUUACGAGAGUCAGGACAACUGUGAGGAAUUGUUCAGAGAGGCUGGUCUCGUGUACGUUCCUGAGUGUACCGACACAUACCGUAGACAGGUUUCUCGCAAUACAAUUAACGGAACGUGUAUGGUCUGCUACACGACUAACCUUGAAACAAUCGGGAUGUUGUGUAAGCAUUACUAUUGUAAGAUAUGCUGGAACACCUACUUUACUACCCAGAUCAUGGAUAAUGGUGUAGCUGAGAAUAUUCAAUGUAUGGCGACUGAAUGCUCUACUUACGUAAACGAAAAGUUUGUCUUGAGCACAAUAUCAAGGGAUAAAGUGCGAACCCGAUAUUACCAGCUGAUAGCGAGAAGUUACAUCUCCUCGAAUCUCAUGUUAAAAGUGCCUCACGGGCGUGGUAACUCCGCGGAAGUGUUAUCUCUAGACGUCAAACACAUUCUUUGUUCCUGUGGUAUGGAGUGGUGUUUUGGGUGUGGUGAACCGGAUCAUUUACCCUUGGAAAGUUGUCAGAUUCUUAAGAAAUGGAAACAGAAAGCGAUAGACGAAAGUGAAACAAAUAAGUGGUUGGUUAUCAACACCAAGGAAUGCCCGAAAUGUGCGGCUGCAAUAGAAAAACUGGGUGGUUGCAACCACAUGACCUGUAACAACAGGAACUGCAGCUUUGAAUUCUGUUGGAUUUGUCUGGAUUUGGAGGCUCCACAUGGAAGUGACUGGUUUUCGUGUAAUAAGUAUGUUGAGGAUGCGGAUCACAUUGCAAUGUUGUCUAAAGAGAGAAAAGCGAUGGAACGGUAUCAUCAUUACUACGACAGAUACUGGACACACAAAAGAAGCAGAGAGCUAGAACAGGGGGGACUGGUAAUGUUCACACAGACUAAAUCUGAAUACAUCCAGGAUAAACUUAACGUUACUUGGAUUGAGGCCCAGUUUUUGAAGGAAUCCCUCAACAUUCUGACAAAGUGCAGAACAAUGUUACAAUAUUCUUACAUCCUGGCGUACUACCUGGUACGGUCGCCCCAGACCGUUAUCUUUGAGGAGAAUCAGAAAGAUUUGGAACACAAUACCGAACUAUUAUCAGGUUUGUUAGAUGACCAGAGUUUGCCACGAAGUGAGGAUGAGUUACUUGACUUGAAAAUGAAGUUAAACAACCGGGCAGCGUACUGCGAAAAGCGACGUAUAGUCCUGCUAAAAGACGUACAAACCGGAUAUGAUAAGGGAAUAUGGAAGUAUAGGACCAUCUCGUAGCAGAGCCACUCUUGGGAUUCGGGAGACUAGCGUGCUGCGCUGUUGUGUGGGUAGCGCCGCGCAUAUGAUAAUACUUCUUGCU